AUGGCGAACGAAGCAGGUCAACCUCCCGCGCUUGACAACCUCAGUCUCGCCGAUAAGGCCCCCGCCUCAAAGGCCACCGCACAGGUCAUCACUCCUUUCGAUGUCUCUGGCGGAGUUGACGAGACUGGAAAACUCCUCCCGGUCGAUUAUGAAAAACUUACACGCGAAUUCGGCGCCACUCCCAUUACCCCCGAUCUACUCGAGCGCUUUGAGAGGGUUACGGGACAUCGCCCACAUCGAUUUAUGCGCCGCGGAAUUGUCUUCAGUCACCGUGACCUGACCAAGAUCUUGGAUCUUCAUGAAAAGGGGAAGGAAUUCUAUCUCUACACGGGACGUGGUCCCAGUAGCGACAGCAUGCACGUUGGACACACUGUCCCGUUCGAGUUUACAAAGUGGCUCCAGGAUGUUUUCGAUGUUCCCCUCGUUAUCAUGUUGACCGAUGACGAGAAAUAUAUGCACUCCCAGAAGAUCAAGGAUGUGGAAGACGCCAAGAACUUUGCUAAGUCGAACGUCAAGGAUAUCAUUGCUGUCGGAUUUGACAUGAAGAAGACUUUCAUUUUCAGUGACUUCGAGUUCGUUGGAGGCGCAUUCUACGAGAACAUUUGCCGAAUGGCGAAGCGCAUCACAAUCAAUCAAGUGCGGGGUACGUUUGGAUUCAACGACAGCAACAACAUUGGUGAAUUCCACUUCUGCGCGACCCAAUCCGCCACUGCCUUUGCAACCAGUUUCCCUCAUAUCUUCGGCACCGACAAGAAGAAGGUCUCCUCCAUUCCUUGCCUCAUCCCAUGCGCCAUUGACCAAGACCCUUACUUCCGUCAAUGUCGUGAGCACGCAGAGAAGAUGAAGUACAAGAAGCCCUCGCUCAUUCACUCCAUCUUCCUGCCGGCCCUUCAGGGCCCUGGAUCGAAAAUGUCGGCUAGUAUCGACUCGUCUGCCAUUUUCAUGAGCGACACACCCAAGCAGAUCAAGACCAAGAUCAACAAGUUCGCCUUCUCUGGAGGCAAGGAAACCGCCGAAGAGCACCGCGAGUUGGGUGGCGAUACCAAGGCCGAUGUGCCUUUCCAGUACCUCACUUUCUUCCUCGAAGACGAUGAGGAGCUUGAGCGUAUUCGUGCCGCCUAUGAGAAGGGUGAGAUGCUCACCGGUGAGAUGAAGCAGCGCUGCAUUGCUGAACUGCAGGAGUACGUGAAGGGUUUCCAGGAGCGCCAUGCCCAGGUCACCCCGGAGAUCGUGGCCAAGUUCAUGAGCCAACGUCCUUUGGAGUGGAAUGGAAACCCUAACCCAGUUGUGGCCGAAAAGAAAUAG